GGUGCGGGCGGAGCGCGGCGGGGAGGAGCGGGGCUGCCUCUGCUCGGCGCUGCUGGCGCACUGGGGAGCCCUCGCAGGUUUCCGAGCCUGGCGCUGGUCCGCAUUAGUCACUGCUGAUGGCUCGCCUGGGUCUCGUCAUCCGCGGAGCAGCGGCGGCCCCGUCGGGUGGAGCGAAGCGACCCGGCGACCGCCGGUAAGACUGCGCAGUGACGCCCCCGGGGCCGCGGUGGGCCGGGCUGGGACUGCCCGGUGGCAGCGGCGGCGGCGUUGGCGCCCGCCCCGGUUCGCAGCGCGCAGCGAGACUCCUUCUCGGCGCCCAGCCGCCGCCACGGGAUCGGCGGGCGGCGGGCAGCAGCUCCCCGUGCGGGGGGAAGAUGCUGCCGGGAUCCAUCCAGAUCUCCGGAGAGACGCUGUCGGGGGCGGAGAUCCGGGACAUCUGCGAGAGCCUGCGGGAGAACUCGGUGCGGCUGCUGUCGCUGCGGGGCUGCCAGCUCUCCGAGCGGGACUUCGGGCAUGUCUGCCGAGGGGUGGCUGAGUCCCGUUCCCUGGCUCAGCUAAACCUCAACUUGGGCAUCGUUUCCAACAUCAACCGCGUCAAGCAGCUGGCCGAGGCCCUGAAGACAAACCGCUCCGUCCAGUCGCUCUUCCUCCAUGGGAGUCCCCUCACAGAUGCAGGCUUGGCCCUCCUCAAUCCUGCUCUCUCCAUCCACCCCUCGCUGGUGGCUCUGGACCUAGGAGACUGCAUGCUGGGUGAUGAAGGCAUCAAUCUUAUCUGUGGGCUCCUGCCGCCUGACGGGGCCAAGUCCGGCCUCAAAGAGCUAACUCUGAGUGCCAACCCAGGCAUUACAAGCAAAGGCUGGGGACGCCUGGCCAUUGCAGUGGCUCACAGCUCCCAGCUCCGCGUGCUGAACCUCGACUACAACCCUCUAGGUGACCAGGUAGCAGGGAUGCUUGCUGUUGCUGUGGCCUCCAGUCGAACCCUCGAAGUUCUGGACUUGGAGGGAACAGGACUUACCAACCAGUCAGCCCAGACCUUGCUGGACAUGGUAGAGAAUUACCCCACAGCCCUACGGACACUCAUCCUGGCAGAGAACAACAUUAGUCCUGAGCUGCAGCAGCAGAUCUCGGACCUGCUCUCAGAGGGUGAGGAAGAGGAGGAGACAGAGGCUCGUGAAGUCACAGCCAGGGAGAAGAACCCCUGGAUCUGCCAGAACAAUUCCAGCUCCCAGAUGGUCCUGGUGACGUCAGGUCUCGGUGACAGCCUCUUAGCAGAAACAGAAAUGUAGCUGGGCUACCCCACCUGCUUCUGCCGAGGAGAGCACAGCGCCCACGGGGGAGCGUGUGUGCACCAGCCCCCCUGCCUGCAGCGGGCUGCCACAGCUGUCUUCUCGCACAUUUCACGUCCCGGUGAUGUCUCCCUCGCUCUCCGAGUCAGGAGCGUGGGCCGAGCGAACCUCCACACACAUCUCCGUACCGUCACACACCCCGCUGGCCGCUUGUGCGUGUCCCGUCGCUGCAUGUGUAGCUCACUGCCCUGCCUGCCCCCCGCAUCUGGCUGUGCCCGCAGGCCACAGGCUGUAUGUAUCCAGAUGUGUCUAAGAGAUGUUCUUUCUAAUGCUUUACUGCUGUCGCGAUCAGAGUUUUAUAAAGCCCACAGACGUA